CACGACUACCACGUUAUUGAUCAAGCUACAGCGCUUAAGACAUGGCGAUCGCGCGAACAAACAAUGCAAAAGUAUUUGUGGACGAAGUCGCUAUUAAUGGAAUACUCAAAGAACAAGUGGCCAAAGAAGAGCUUGCGAGUAGCGUUUGGAAUACAAAAUGGGGCUUUAUGAAAAACUUAGACAAGAUGUGCAUAGAUAUCGCGAAAUCGAUGGGAAUCUCCGAAGAGAGAUACAGGAGGACGAGGAUGAGACCUAAGGGAGAAUUCAACGGCGAUGUUCGCGCUAGUGAUUUUGUUCCAACGAUCAUUCCUUCAGAUCCGAUACCCGAAACCAGUGCAGCCGCAACUUCUACGAGCUCGGAAAGGGCGCUCUUCGCGAAUAGCGCGGCACAUAAUAUUGCGAUUGCAAUGUUUAACGUUCGAAACACGGAUACUGGAAUACUAAAACCGUAG